CAUGCGAUCUCACAAUCAAACAGCAACCUCUUCUCCGAUCCUUCCUACUAGCUACUGAGUGAGCAAGUACUGGUGAUCAAGAUGGGCAAGCUCUCCAUCGCCGCCGUCCUCCUGUGCGCCGCCGGCGCGUGGCUGCUGGCGGAGGCCCGCCCCCACGGCGACGACAUGGAAAAUGACUUCUACUCCAUCGUGGGGUACUCGCCGGAGGACCUCGGCAGCCAUGACCGGCUGAUCAAGCUGUUCGAGGAGUGGGUUGCCAAGUACCGCAAGGCGUACGCGAGCUUCGAGGAGAAGCUGAAGCGGUUCGAGGUGUUCAAGGAGAACCUGAAGCACAUCGACGAGAUUAACAGGGAGGUGAGCAGCUACUGGCUGGGGCUGAACGAGUUCGCCGACCUGACCCACGACGAGUUCAAGGCCGCCUACCUCGGGCUCAGCCACCAGCGGCCGAGCAGGACCUCCAACUCCGGCGGCGGCAGCUUCCGGUACGGCGGCGUGAGCCGCGGCGACGUGCCGAAGGAGGUGGACUGGCGCAAGAAGGGCGCGGUGACGGAGGUGAAGAACCAGGGGCAGUGCGGCAGCUGCUGGGCCUUCUCAACGGUGGCGGCGGUGGAGGGGAUCAACCAGAUCGUGACGGGGAACCUGACGUCGCUGUCGGAGCAGGAGCUGAUCGACUGCAGCACGGACGGGAACAACGGCUGCAACGGCGGCAUGAUGGACUACGCCUUCUCCUACAUCGCCGGCAGCGGCGGCCUGCACACGGAGGAGGCCUACCCGUACCUCAUGGAGGAGGGCGACUGCGACCAGAAGGCCGGCGACGAGAAGGUCGUCACCAUCUCCGGGUACGAGGACGUGCCGGCCAACGACGAGCAGGCGCUCGUCACGGCCCUGGCCCACCAGCCCAUCAGCGUCGCCAUCGAGGCGUCCGGCAGGCACUUCCAGUUCUACAAAGGGGGCGUGUUCGAUGGUCCGUGCGGCGCGGAGCUGGAUCACGGCGUGGCGGCGGUGGGCUACGGCACCAGCAAGGGCCAGGACUACAUCAUCGUCAAGAACUCGUGGGGCCCGCACUGGGGUGAGAAGGGGUACAUCCGCAUGAAGAGGGGCACCGGCAAGCCAGAGGGCCUCUGCGGCAUCAACAAGAUGGCGUCCUACCCAACCAAGGGCCAGUAGAGACGACGACCCCCUGCAGCCACGCAUGCAUCACUACUACCGUGCGCAUGAACAUCAAGAUGCAUCAUCCUUUCGAUCAAGUCAAAUCGUAGCCUUUUGUACUUCUCAUCUUUAUUUCUUCUUUCCCUUUUAAUUUGUUUGGUGAGCGUGUUUAAUUUCUCGAUCGAUCGGGGAGCAAAAGGCACUCAUGCACGAGCUGCCUGAUGAAAUGAUGGAUGGAAUAAACUUUGACCUUUACUUUAUUGGCUAUA